AUGCCGAGUCGCCGCGUCGCCAGAUCGUCCGCUGCGCCGGAGCUCGGGCCCUUGGGGUCCGCUGACCUCUCCUCGCUCUCUCUCGCCGUUUCCAGGACCACGGCGUCACUCCCAGUUUUGGCUUCUCCCGCAGAGAUCAUCGACGAGUACAUCAAGGAGAACGGCUUCGGCUUGGAGGGGGCGCAGCCCGGCCCGGGCGAGGGGCUGCCGCGCCUGGUAUCUCGCGGGGCGGCCUCCCUGAGCACCGUCACCCUGGGCCCCGCGGCGCCUCCGCCCCCGGCCACACCGCCGCCCUGGGGCUGCACCCUGGGCCGGCUGGUGCCCCCGGCCCCGGGCGCCGGGCCGCGGCCGCACCUGGUCAUCACCGAGCAGCCCAAGCAGCGCGGCAUGCGCUUCCGCUACGAGUGCGAGGGCCGCUCGGCCGGCAGCAUCCUCGGAGAGAGCAGCACGGAAGCCAGCAAGACGCUGCCCGCCAUCGAGCUCCGGGACUGUGGAGGGCUGCGGGAGGUGGAGGUGACCGCCUGCCUGGUGUGGAAGGACUGGCCUCACCGAGUUCAUCCCCACAGCCUCGUGGGGAAAGACUGCACAGACGGCGUCUGCAGGGUGCGGCUCCGGCCUCACGUCAGCCCUCGGCACAGCUUUAACAACCUGGGCAUCCAGUGCGUGAGGAAAAAGGAGAUCGAGGCUGCCAUUGAGCGGAAAAUUCAGCUGGGCAUCGACCCUUACAACGCUGGGUCCCUGAAGAACCAUCAGGAGGUGGACAUGAAUGUUGUGAGGAUUUGCUUCCAGGCCUCAUACAGGGACCAGCAAGGACAGAUGCGCCGGAUGGACCCUGUGCUCUCUGAGCCCGUCUACGACAAGAAGUCUACAAACACGUCGGAGCUACGGAUUUGCCGAAUCAACAAGGAGAGUGGGCCGUGCACGGGUGGUGAGGAGCUCUACCUCCUCUGCGACAAGGUGCAGAAAGAGGAUAUAUCGGUGGUGUUCAGCAGAGCCUCCUGGGAAGGCCGGGCUGACUUCUCCCAGGCCGAUGUGCACCGCCAGAUUGCCAUUGUGUUCAAGACACCACCCUACGAGGACCUGGAGAUUGUUGAACCUGUGACAGUAAACGUCUUUCUGCAGCGGCUUACCGAUGGGGUCUGCAGUGAGCCUCUGCCCUUCACCUACCUGCCUCGGGACCAUGACAGCUACGGCGUGGACAAGAAGCGGAAACGGGGGCUGCCUGACGUCCUUGGGGAGCUGAAUAGUUCCGAUCCCCAUGGCAUUGAGAGCAAACGACGGAGGAAAAAACCAGUCUUCCUGGAUCAAUUCCUGCACAGCCAUGGCUCAGGACCGUACCUCCCACCGUCAGUGCUGCUACCGGACACAGACUUCUUCCCGGGCACCGUAUCCCUCCCUAGCCUGGAACCCCCCGGCGGGCCGGACCUCCUGGACGACGGCUUUCCCUACGACCCCGCUGCCCCAACGCUCUUGACCAUGCUGGACAUGUUGCCCCCAGCGCCACCACUCACCAGCGCUGUCGCGGGCAACGGCGGUGCAGGGGCUGCGGUCGGGGAGCCCCCCGGCCCUGAGUCGCUGACGCUGGACUCGUACCAGGCCCCGGGCCCCGGGGACGGAGGCACUGCCAGCCUCGUGGGCAGCAACAUGUUCCCCAACCAGUACCGUGAGGCCAGCUUUGGGGGUGGCCUCCUGUCCCCGGGCCCUGAGGCCACGUAG